CAACAAAAUUAUCAUUAGUCACGUGACAAUGCCGGUAUUAUUUCAUCAUCACAGCAAAUAUAAUAUAUAAUAAUAACAACAUUAAAUAUAAAUACAACUACAAGUGAUACAUAUAUAUAUUAAAUAUAUAUGCAGUGUAAUUGCAGUACUCGCAUAAAUAUUAAACAAGUAGAUCCAGUCAAGUUCUCUGCUCAGUAAAGCGAAUCUCAAACUCUAGCCUCACUUUGCUUCCACACAACUCAUAUUUAUAUAUUUAUAUACGUCACAUAUAUAUAUUUAGUAUAUAAUAGCAUGUUGGAUCCAGUCACGUGAAUACUAACCAACGAAAACAAUUUUUUUGUUGUCGUUAUCUGGGCACGUGAACUAUAAACUCGCUAUCAGUUAUGACUUUAAAAAUUUAAAUUUUAUUUAAAUUCAAAUAAUAAAAUACUCAUAUUUAUUUUAAAUAUUUAAUAAUUUAUAAAUAAAAUGGCUUUGGAGGCUAUUAAAUAUAACAAUGGAAAGCUGGAAGUCCUGGACCAGACACUUUUGCCAGCGAUAACUCGGUACAUUCAUGUACAGGGUGUGGAAGAUGGAUGGAAAGUCAUCAACAGGAUGCAGGUACGUGGAGCACCGGCUAUUGCUAUGGUGGGAUGUCUGAGUCUUGCGGUGGAAUUAAAAAAUGAUAAUUACAGUGAAAAGACGACAGUGAGACGGGAAGUUGAGGGAAAAAUGAAUUAUUUGAUAUCUGCGAGGCCUACUGCUGUCAAUAUUAAGAUCGCUGCUGAACAACUUAUCAAGCUGUCUAAUAAAUUGUAUGAGGAUGAUGGUGUCAGUGUGCAGACCAUGAUUGCUGAGUUACUCAAGUCUAUUGACUACAUGUUCAAGAAGGACAUCGAUGACAAUCGGGCUAUUGGUGACUUUGGUGCUGAUGAAAUCCUGAAAAAUGUUUUGGACAAUAAGUUGGUACGAGUACUUACCCAUUGCAAUACUGGUUCGCUGGCUACUACUGGGUAUGGAACUGCUCUGGGUAUUGUCCGCUCGCUUCACAGCAGAAAAAAACUUGAGCAAGUAUAUUGUACUGAAACUCGACCGUACAAUCAAGGCGCGCGUCUUACAGCCUACGAGUUAGUCCACGAGAAAAUACCCGGGACCCUAAUAUGCGAUGGGAUGGUCGCAGCGUUGAUGAAAUCCAGGAAAAUAAACGCCGUCGUCGUCGGCGCUGACCGAGUCGCCGCCAACGGAGACACUGCCAAUAAAAUAGGAACUUACCAGAUCGCGAUCCUGGCCAAGCACCACGAGGUCCCUUUCUACGUGGCAGCUCCACGGACCUCAAUAGACUUCGAGAUAGUAGCCGGUGACAAAAUCCCCAUUGAGGAGAGACCAGAGCGAGAAAUGACUCACAUGAACGACCAGAGAAUAGCCGCCAAAGGGAUCCAGUGCUGGAACCCAGCGUUCGACGUAACUCCCGGUGACUUGAUAACCGGAAUCAUCACCGAGGUCGGCGUCAUCAAGCCAAAAGACCUCAAGCAACUCGUCUCCACUAACCAGCAAUAAAU